AUGAUAGUUAUGAAGGAGAAUAUGGGUGAUUACAAGAAAGAAUUUGCUAGGCUUCAUGAUUAUGCAGAAAUGCUGAAGUCUACUAAUCCUGGCACUACUGUAGUGAUAAGGACAUCUAAGGAUUCAGUUUCUGGCAAGGAAGUCUUUAUGGGCAUUUAUGUCUGUCUUGAAGCAUUAAAAAUGGAUGGAAAUAAUCAAAUGUUCCCUGUGGCUUGGGCAGUAGUUGAAAAGGAAUCAAAGGAUACAUGGUCUUGGUUUAUCAGGUGUCUCAAGCAUGAUCUAAACUUGACAGAAACUGAAGGAGAAGGGCUGACAGUCAUGUCUGAUAUGCAGAAGGGUCUUCAUCUAGCAAUAACUCAGUUAUUGCCAAAUGCUGAAAUGAGAUGGUGUGCUAGACAUAUCUGGGCUAAUUGGAAGCAAAUGGCCUGCAAGAAGUUGGAUGAAAUGGACCAGCUGGGGGGAAAUAUUGUUCAGGACUUACUAAAAUACAACAAGGAAACAUGGUGUAGGGCAUAUUUCAAAGACCAUAGUAAGUGUGAUGUAGUUGAGAACAACAUGUGUGAGACAUUCAAUAGUUGGAUAUUGGCAGCUAGGCACAAGUCUAUCAUUACUAUGUUAGAGGAAAUUAGAAUCAAGUGUAUGGAGAGGAUGAAUAGCAUGAGAGAGUUUUCUGAAAAAUGGGUAGGUGAGAUAUCACCCAUGGCUAUGGAAAUACUUGGAGAGAAUGCUCAAAGGGCAGCCAAAUGUGAAGUCAAAUUUAAUGGUGAAACACGGUAUGAGAUCCAGGAUGGGCCAUAUAAACAUGUUGUUGACUUUAGGGCAUAUACCUGUACUUGUAGAUCAUGGCAACUCAAAGGAAUUCCAUGUGCACAUGCAAUUACAGCAAUGCAUUACAAGAACUAUGAGGUUGAGCCAUAUGUUGACCAUUGGUAUAGAAAGGAUACCUACCUUAAGGCAUAUAGCAGAUUCAUUCAACCUUUAACUAGUAUGAAUUUGUGGCCAACAAGCACACUGCCAGCUAUUGAGCCACCUGUUAUAACUGCAAUGCCGGGAAGGCCAAAGAAAAAAAGGACAAAGGCUGCUGAUGAACCAAAGAAGAAGUUUGGGAAGGAAAAACCAAGAGGGACUGGAACUAGUUCAGGUAGAGGUGAAACUGCUGAAAGUGGAACAUGCAGCAGUGGAAGUGCAUCAACAAUACCUGCAAGUGCAUCAACAACACCAGCAAUCCUUGAUCCAAGCACACAACAAUCAACUAAUGUUGCAAGAGGUCCAAAAAGAAGACCAAUGAGCCUAGAAGAGGUGGUGCAAAUGCAGGGUCUAAGAGAACAAAGACAGCAGGAUAUGAGUGGUACACAAUCCUCUACACUCAUAAGUUCUGCUCCUACCAACAUUGAACUUAGGUUCAAACCACCUGGACUAAAGUGGAAGGGCCGACCAGCAGUUACACAAAGGCAGCUGCAAGAACAGAGUUACAGAAGGGCAAGUCUGCUACAAACCACUCAAGCCACACCAGUUACACAAUCCACACCAAGCAGCCAAGCCACAACAGACAUUAAUUGA